CAGACCUGCUUCAGGGACGAGGGUCUCCCGUGAUCUUGGGGGUGGCCCCCGGGCUUCCCUGUGCUCUGUGCGUGGUGGAGCCGUCCUUCUUCGGUAGUCUCGCUCAGGUUAACCUGGGCGCUCAAGAUUGUUGUUUACCUCAACCCUUCUAUCCCUGCCUCUCGAAGUUUUGGGUUGUUGUAGACAGGGGAACAGAGCUUUUCAGGUAAAAUAUGGCUAAAAGCUUACGGAGUAAGUGGAAAAGGAAGAUGCGUGCAGAAAAGAGAAAAAAGAAUGCCCCGAAGGAACUCAGCAGACUUAAAAGUAUUCUUAAAGUAGAUAGUGAUGUUUUAAUGAAAGAUGUUCAAGAGAUAGCAACUGUGGUGGUACCCAAACACUGUCAAGAGAAAACUCAAUGUGUGGUACAAGAUGAAAAAGAUGAUGUGAAAAUGGAGACUGAAAUUAAGAGAAACAAGAAGAGUCUUCUAGAUCAGCAUGGACAGUACCCCAUAUGGAUGAACCAGAGACAGAGGAAAAGGCUGAAGGCAAAGCGAGAAAAAGGGAAGGGGAAAAGCAAAGUAAAGGCAGCAAAGGGUCUGGCCUGGUAGACUCUUAAAAACUUGAAAACUCCUACAUGGGACAGGCCUUUGGUUAGAAUGUGUACAUGGAUUUCAACUUUCACCAAAUGAAAACUUGGUUUCCAUAUUUCACUUGGCCUUGUUCUUCAAUUCAAACUCAACUUAACUCCUCAACUUUGUUUUGGGAGCUUGAAUAAAAUCUUUGAUGAAUGAAAGCUACACCGAUACUUUAAUUGGAUGCUUCCCAGUGUGCAGGGAUUCUCAGACAUUGCAAUUCUAUCAAGUGUUACUGUGGUUGUAACUGUUGGGUCUUAGUAAAGAUAAAAAAAAAAAAAGAUCUACUGACAAAUUUGAGGUGAUUCAGGUUUAAAGAAAACUUUUAUACAAUUUAAAAUAGAAUGUCAGUGGAUCUUAUAAGCACUACUUGUUUGGAGUUUUGAUUUUAAUUUAGAAUAAAAGAUACUUUGUCAAGA